CAUCUCCGCAAAGUCUGAGUUGCUGGCGCUGGGCUAGGGAAGGGGGAGAAAGCCGAGCCAGGCUCAGCCUUGCAUCCACCCAUAGGGCCUACCAAAACCCAGAAGAAGAUCGCAGCUUGGGCGUCGGAGUCACCUCCUGGGCAGCCUACGAGGUGAGAGGCCCUGAGGAGCAUGGGACAGGUUAUGGGACUCCUGGAGCUGGAGGCUCCGUUUCGCUCUCCCCAUAGCAACCCCAGAGAAGCCUAAGCGCUCAGAUGGCUAACAACACGGGAAUAAGCGCCACCGAACUCGUGGGCUCUGUGGGGUUGAUCUUGGCGAUUCUCGUAGAGGUGGGGGCCGUGCUGGGCAAUGGCACGCUGCUCGUGGUGGUGCUGCGCACUCCCGGGCUGCAAGAUGCCUUCUACCUGGCGCACCUAUGCGUUGUGGACCUGCUGGCAGCCGCCUCCAUCAUGCCUCUGGGCCUGCUGGCCGGGCCGCCCGGGCUGGGGAGUGUGCCCCUGGACCCCUCAUCAUGCCGGGCGGCACGCUUCCUCUCAGCGGCUCUGCUCCCCGCCUGCACACUCGGCGUGGCUGCUCUCGGCUUGGCGCGCUACCGUCUCAUAGUGCACCCGCUGCGGCCAGGCGCGCGCCCGGCGCCAGCGCUAGUGCUCACGGCGGUGUGGGCGGCGGCCGCGCUCCUGGGAGCGCUCUCCUUGCUCGGGCCACCUCCCGCGCCACCACCGGCUCCGGCUCGCUGCUCCGUCCUGGCCGGAGGACUCGGGCCCUUCCGGCCGCUCUGGGCCCUGCUGGCCUUUGCGCUGCCUGCCCUGCUGCUGCUGGCCGCCUACGGUAGCAUCUUCCUGGUGGCGCGGCGCGCCGCCCUCCAGCCCCCGCGAGGGACACGGCACCGCUCCGACUCUCUAGACAGCCGCCUCUCCUUCUUGCCACCCCUCCGGCCACGUUUACCUGGGGGCAAGGCGGUCCUGGCCCCAGCCCUGGCCUUGGGCCAGUUUGCAGCCUGCUGGCUGCCGUAUGGCUGUGCAUGCUUGGCACCCGCGGCGCGCGCUGCAGCAGCCGAGGCGGCUGUCACCUGGGUAGCCUACUCCGCCUUUGCGGCUCACCCCUUCCUCUAUGGCCUGCUGCAGCGCCCGGUGCGCUUGGCGCUGGGCCGUCUCACUCGCCGGGCACUGUCUAGGCCCCCGAAAGUCCGUAUGCCGCAGGCCUGGCACCCGCGGACACUCGUUCAGCGCCUUCAGGGACUUCGCAAGGACCCUGCCCUGGGCCCUUCCGAGGCACCAGAACAGACCCCAGAAUUGUCAGGACAGCACUCAAGUGUGCCAGAAGCCACCUGAGAGAUUUCUCCUGGACUGGAGAAGGAAGGUGGGACCAAAG